CCCAGCGGCGUGCAGGGCGUUGAUGCCGGCGCUAAAACCAAACCAAGCGGGGUCUCCAGAGCGCGGCAUGGAGGGGCUGGCCUAGCUGAGGCCCGUGACCCGAUGUCUUCUGGCUGCGACGCCGGUCCUGCGUACACUGCGGGGCCGCAGCCGCGGGGCGGUGGGCGCCCGAGGGGCCGGGAGGCGAGCCGGGGCCCCCAGGAGGGUGUGGGCAUCGUGUCCUCAGCCAGCGUCCCCGAGGCUGCGCUCGGGCCAUGAUCAUUGGGUGAAGCUGCGCCGGGACAGUGCAGCCGACUUCUCGCGCUCUGAGGACCUGUGCGCGCUGCAGGGCUCGGUGCCUCUGCCCGCCGUGCGCGCUUCCCUGCGGAAGGCCCUGCUGGAGUUAAGGCCUCCGCGGGGUAGACUGGGUGCCGCUCCUGAGCACCCGCUGCCCCUGAUCUGUAUCCAGAGCUUCUUCCAGCCACGGCUUGGCGAGACAGGAUCUGGGGUUCACACCAUCUGUUAUCUCUUCUGCAAGGACAGUUCAACUCAUCGCCUGGUGAAGAGAAGUCAGAUUAUUCUUUGCAUCCCAUUCAGGUUGUGGCAGAAAUAAAGUUUACAGAAGUUGUGUUCCUGCGAUAAGAAAUACAGAUGUGACCUUGCAGUUGUGUAAAGCUCUUAAUUGCUGUGUAAGUGCGUCGGUGCGCUAAGGAACCUGGAGCUAAAUGGGCUAGUUCUGAGAGAGAGAGACUUAACUAUGUUAACAAAGGUCCAUCAGAAUUUCCUGUGACUGUGACAGUAGAGAGUCCUUCCUCCUCAGAAAAUGAAGAGGUCAAUGAGUCCUCAGAAAGUGUUCAGGAAGAGCCAGAAAAAAUCAGUUUGAAACAAGAAGCAUUGCCGGGACAAAGUUAUCACUUGAAAGCUAUAGAGAAGAUUAUUUUUCAAACGGAAGCCUGAUUGCAAUACGGCAAAGCUUGUGCUUGGGCAGCUGGCCACAAUGGCUGGUAUAGAUCAGUCAGAUUUUCAUUUACUAGGUCAUCCCCAGAUGAAUUCUACUGUUAGUAGUCCACGUAAAGAAGAAAAGAAGGCACUUGAAGAAGAAAAAUCAGAAUCAAAACAGGGUGCCCCAGGACAAAUGCAAAACAUCCAAGUUUCUAUUUGUAUGCAGUCAGCUUACAAUGAAGGAACACUAAUGAAGUUUCAGAAAAUUACAGGUGAUGCUAGGAUUCCUUUGCCACUUGACUCGUUCCGUGUCCCAGUGUCUACUCAGGAGGCCUUAGAAACUUCCAAAGACAACCUGGGGGUCCCAGUCACAGAGCAGCGGCAGGAGUCUUUGAAGAUUUCAUUGUUAGAACAUGUUCUCCUUCAGCAGACGUCAUUUCUGGAACUGGAAGUCAAAGAAAAGAAGAGGAAUUAUCUAGAAAUAGCAGGUCUUCUUCAGAGAAAAUGAGCAAAGCAGGUGAA